GCUAAUCUGCAUAAGAAAAUCAAUGCGUUAACAUGGCUUGAGUCCGCGAGAGCCAGCUUUGAAAAUACCCAUCCUCCGCAACACAGACUUUCGUGCCUCCGCUCAGGGGGCCGGCGACAUGCGCAGCGCGCUCAUUGCCUACGGGUGCAAGCCAGCAGGCUUGCUUCAAGGGGCGUCGUAUGGUCGCUGCCUCCGACACAGCUGCAGCCCGCGACGUGCGCAGCCCGCACGCCCCACACGCGCCCCGUCGCACCCCUGCGCGCGGGUGGCCCUGCUGCAAGCCACCCCGGACUCUGCUGGGGGUCAUGUAAAUGCUGCUACCUCACCAAACCCGACAACACUAGCACCACCGACAGCACCAGCACCAACAGCAGCAUCAGCUGGCCCGGACGCUGGGCCCUCAGAGUCACAGCGCCGGACGGAGUCCGCACGAGCCUCUCGGCCAUUGGAAGCGGCACACACGGCUGACCCACAGCACGGGCCACCAGCACCACCGCCACCCUCAAACACGCACGCCCCCCGCUUCCGGCUGCGGCUGGCGCGCACGGAUCAGGACUUUGCGGCGGUGGCGAGCAUAUGGGCCGAGGCGCUGCUGCUUCCGGGACUGACGGAGCUGCCGCCGCCGCACCCAGCCGACCGCACACAGCUACAGCGGCUGGCGGAGCAGACGGCGGAGCGGCUGAGGGCAGCGCACGAGCGCAAACUCCGGGCGGCAACUGUCACCCGCGCGCUGCGGGCUCGGGGGCAGGCGCUGCUGGCCGCGUUGCGGCGGGGUGGGGGUGGCGGCGGCGGUGGCGGCGGCGGGGGUGGCGGUGGCGGCGGCGGCGGCAUGAGCGGCAUGGAGCUGCUGGUGACUCGGCGGCAGCUGGAGGCAGUCAGGCGGGAGUUGCGGCGCGCUCGCCGACGCCGCAUGUGGGCGUGCCUGCUCGCCUACGCAGAGGAGGCGGAGCCGGGGGAUGGGGAGGAGGGGCAAGAGUUGUACCUGCCGGUGCUACAGCCGACCCAGCAGCAGCAGCAGCAGCAGCAGCAGCAGCACGGCAGCGAACCGCACGGCCACCGCCUUCACCCGCACCCGCACUCCAGCGGCGUGCACCACCCGCCCGGAUCCCGGCCGCAACCCCACCCGCCAGCCGCCAGCCAGCACCUCCACCCCCAACCCCACCCCCACCAGCACCCGCGCCACACGGGCACCCACAGCUCCGCCCACGACCGGCACCCGCAGCCGCCACCCUCCUCCAUCACACCAGCACCUCCCAGCCCCGUUCCAGGAGCUGCAGGCCCACCAGCGUCAUCAGCACCACCACCAACAGCACGAGCACCAGAACUAUCACUAGAACCAACGCCAACAGCAGCAACACCAGUAGCACCAGCAGCCGCACCGCCAACACCCGCAUGCGCAGACCGGCGUCCGCCAAGGCCAGCACCCAGCCCCAGGCCGGCGGGCUAUGUGCUGGUGUCGCUGUCGCAGCCGCUGGCGCUGCUGCCGCCGCCGCUGCCCUCGCGCGCGCCGCUGACGCCGCACGUGGACGCGCUGGCGGUGGCGCCGGCCUGGCGGCGGCGGGGCGCAGGCGCGGCACUGCUGGCGGCGGCGGAGCAGCUGGCGGGCAGGUGGGGCAGUGGCUCGCUGUGGCUGCACGUCGACGCCGCCAAUGAGGGCGCCGUACGGCUGUACACGGACGCAGGGUACCGCGUCGCGCGCGUGCUGCAGCCGCAGUCGCGGCUGGCGGCGGCGCUGGCGGCGGUGCCGGCGGCGCUGAUGGCGGCCGUUACUGGCAGAGGCGGCGGCGGCGGAGCCGCGUCUGCGAGAGGCGCCGGGCCGGCGGAGGCAGAGGCAACGGCGACGCGGGAGGUGCAGCAGCAGCAGCAGCAGCAGCAGCUGCCAAAGCUGCGCGGGCGGCAAUUUGUGAUGCAGAAGCCGCUGCAGCGGCUGCACGGGGCCGGCAGGCGGCCGCCUGGUCGCGCAGCGGCGCCGGCGGGCCGCGGCGGCGCCCAGCACUCGGGUGGGGUGUCAGCCGUCGCGGGCUCAGCUGCACCUUCGGCUGGCGGUGCUGCUGGCGCUGGGCAGGCUGCGCCACACGAGGGUGGCGCAAACGCGUUUCAGCCGCGCCCCGCGCCGCUGCCGGCUGAUGCUGCUGGUGCUGCUGCUGCUGCUGCUGAGGUCGGGUUGGGGCCUGUGGAUGGAAGCAGUAGUGCCGGGGCCGCGGACGGGAUGCCGCCGGUGCCGAGCGUGCAAGAACCCCAGUCGGGGUCGGCCGCGCAACCCGGCGCCUGUUCUGCAGGUAAAGCGUAUACUUGGCGUGCCUGACGCUCGUAAGGCGGCGCGGCCGCUUCUGGUUCGCUGUUGAGUGUUUCCUGAGCCUCAGGGAUAUGUAGUUGCUGUGAAAUCAGGUGAAAUGGCACUGCCACUCGAUGACAGACGACCGGACGCCAGCAUUUGCAUCACAUCGUUUUACAUUUAAUACACGACUGUUUUCACCUGCAGCUAAUGUAGUGCUUGUUAUUGAUUGUUGAUGCUAUGACAGUGCACAUGAGUGCUGAUGUCGGAACGCGGAACUUUUGGCCACGGAUGGUAUUACGUGUGGAAGUUUCGGGUCAUACCAACAUAGACCUGCAAUAGCAAAUGGCUUGGUGCGAAAUUUUAUCGGGCGACACUUUCACAUAAGUAACUGACCGGGCACGUGCGCGGUGGAGGGCGACUCCUCCGUGUUCGCAAAACUCGCAUUAUUUAUUGGGCACUAAUUUAGGCGAUUACAGUGAGGUAGCUGUAUGCGGCGUGGCUCGGAAGCCCCAACGCGUCUAGAAGAAACCUGGCGCAGACGGCUCCAGAACGCUGCGUAGAAAGACUCGUGUGAUGUUGUUGAUAUGAAUUGGAGUUGCAUUUGGAUCUGGUCUGCCGCGUGAAACGGAGUCAGUGCUAAUUUGAGGUAAGUGGUCGGAGGACAUGCGCAUCACUAGGCAUGACAGU